CAUUAACCAAAAAGAAGAAAACACGUUAAACUUGACGUGGACUAAAGUAGCUGGCUCACUGUUGUAAAAUAAAAUUUAAAAGAUUUAAUUAUUCCUCACUGUUCUAAGCAUAGUGAUACUAUAAAAUAAAUAUUCUAGAUGUUAGCGUUUUGAAAGAAAAUGAUUUUAAAUAUUAAAAUGUUUGGGGUGUUAAGUGUGUUACUGUUACCACUACUUUUAAGUCACCAAACGGAGGCUGCAGCGGUAAUAUCCAUUGAUUUGGGAUCAGAAUGGAUGAAGGUCGGUAUCGUGUCUCCGGGAGUACCGAUGGAGAUAGUGUUAAAUAAGGAGUCUAAGAGGAAGACGCCAGCUGUCGUGGCGUUUAGAGACGAUGUAAGAACGUUCGGUGAAGACGCAGUCACUGUUGGCGUCAGAUUCCCGAAGAAUUCUUACAAAUAUUUGCUGGAUCUACUUGGGAAGCCAUUUGAUCACCCAUUGGUGCAGGCUUACAGAGCUCGCUACCCAUACUAUGAGAUGGUAGCAACAGAAAGGGGCACUCCCCUGUUCAUACAUGAUGAAAACACUACAUUUACUCCUGAAGAGUUAGUCGCACAACUCUUGGCCAAGGCUAAAGAUUUUGCUGAAAUUAGUCAUGGUCAAACAAUCACAGAGUGUGUGAUCACAGUGCCCGGUUACUUCAACCAGGCUGAGCGUCGGGCUCUCAAAGAUGCAGCUGCCCUCGCCGGCUUGAAUGUACUACAACUCAUUAAUGACUACACCGCUAUCGCCAUCAACUAUGGCAUAUUUAGGAGAAAGGAAAUCAACGAGACUGCAUGGCAUGCGUUAUUCUUUGACAUGGGCGCUGCCUCCACUAAGGCGGCGUUGGUUGAGUACAAGACUGUUAAGAUAAAGGACAAGGGAUACGUCGAGACUGUUCCUCAGCUGCAGGUCUUGGGAGUUGGAUUUGACAGAACAUUAGGUGGGCAUGAAAUGACCCUCCGUCUUCGCGAGCACCUCAUCAAAGCUUGGGAGGCGAACGGCGGCGGUGACGUCAGAGCGUCCCCUCGUGCUAUGGAGAAACUACUCCUAGAAGCUGAAAGGCUUAAGAUCAUCCUGUCGGCGAAUACUGAGUUCUAUGCUCAGAUUGAGAGCUUGCUUGAUGAUAAGGACUUCAAGCAGUUGGUAACUCGUGCGGAAUUCGAAGAGCUUUGUGCAGACUUAUGGCCCCGAGUAUCAGGAGUUGUCCAGAGAGCGGUCGGCGCGGCUGGUGGGGCUGGGGUGGGAGCUAGACUGGUGUUAGCCGGCGGUGGUUCUAGGGUCCCGGCGGCACUUAAUGCCCUUAAAGAUGCUGUUGGACAUGAGCCUGCGAGGUCUAUUAAUGCUGAUGAGGCUGCUACGAUGGGUGCUGUUUACAGGGCGGCAUCCCUCGCGACUGGAUACAAGGUAGCAGCUUUGAAUGUACGCGACGCAGUCUUGUUGCCUAUUCAAGUCACUUUCACCAGACACGUUGACGGCAACGACAAAUUGAUCAAGAGGACACUAUUCGGCCCCAUGAACCCUUACCCACAAAAGAAAGUGAUCACUUUCAACAAACACACCGACGAUUUUGACUUCCAUGUUAACUAUGCCGAGCUAGACCACAUUCCUUCAAACGAGCUUCAAUAUGUUGGUGCCUUGAACUUAAGCCAAGUUGUACUUAAUGGAGUAGGCGCAGCGUUAGCCAAGCAUACCGGUGAAAAUGUCGAACAUAAAGGAAUUAAGGCCCAUUUCAAUUUGGACGACUCUGGCAUACUUAACCUUGUCAAUGUUGAGUUUGUUGCCGAAAAGGUGGUUGCUGAAGACGAAGAUCAAGAUAGUACACUAUCUAAAAUUGGAAGCACGAUAAGCAAACUCUUUGGUUCCGAUGCUGAAUCACCAGAAAAGGCUGAAGAAAAGUCUGAAGAGAAACCUCAAGAGGAAGAAGCCAAGAAUGAUACUAAGAAAGUUAACCAAACAGAAGGCGAGAAACAAAAUGCUACUGACCCUGAAACUAAGCCCAAACCUAAGAUUCUCAUACUGAAAGAACCUAUCAAGACUGAGGAAUCGCUCCUUAACUUACAACCUCUUUCACCAGAACAGUUUAAAACAUCUAAAGCUAAAAUUACUGAACUGAACUUGAACGACAAAAAACGCAUCGAAAGGGAAACCGCUCUGAACAAUCUCGAAGCUUUCGUAGUCGACGCACAAAUGAAAAUGGACAUGGAAGAAUACGCCGAAUGUGGUACUGAACAACAGAUUGAGGAGAUCAAGAAACUGUGUAGUGAAACAUCCGAGUGGUUGUACGAAGAUGGUUAUGAAGCGGCUACAGAACUGUUUGAGGCUAAAUUAGCUGCUCUCAAAGAUAAGACAAGCCCAAUCUUCUAUAAGCAUUGGGAACACAGAGAGAGGCCCGAUGCUGUCUCAUCUCUCCGCAGUAUGUUGAACAGCUCCCGGGAGUUCCUCAAAAUGGCUAAAAACUUCACUAAAGAUGCUAACCCAGAAAAAGACGUAUUCACAGAUGUUGAAAUUAACCUACUAGAAAAGAAAAUUGAGGAAACCACUUCUUGGCUCAGCACAUCUAUCAAAGAACAGAAAGCGCUUAAAAAGAACGAUGACAUUAAACUGACAGUCGACAGCAUUAGAGAGAAGAUGGCGAACUUAGACAGGGAGAUGAAAUAUCUUUUGAACAAGAUGAAGAUUUGGCGGCCUAAGAAACCAGUGAAGAAAGAGUCUGAAAAUAAAACUGAGGAGACAGUUAUUGAACCGGAAGCUGAGGGUGGAGAGAAAGAGGAGAAAGUGGAAGAAGAGAAGGUAGGAGAAACGCAAGAAGAGGCGCCAUCUACAGAGAAACAGAAUGAGAGUGAGAGUGAGACUACAGAACCGCCGCUACAACUGUCUGACAGCCAAGACGAUCAUUCCGAGUUAUAAUCAUCUCGCGUAACUUAAUGUAUUAGUCUAAUUUAUUUUUUAUUUAAAUGACUGUGUGGCUUGUUUGUUUUUGUAUGUGGUCUGUUGAUUGUAUAUCUUUGCAUUUAGGUCAUUACUCCAUGCAUUUUGAUCAAGUCUUUCUUGGUAAUGGAGGUUGGCGACUUCGAUCUCACAAGAGAUUCCAUCCGUUAAUUAAUUCAUUAUUUUUUAUACAGAUUUUCUCCUUGGAUCAGGGUAAGCUGGCUUUUCCUGAUGUACUUUUUCUUUGGUUGUUUUUAAUAUUAAUAGCCUUCUUUGGAAGAAGAUUUCAACAAUUUGAACGAUCUCACUCUCGCCCGAAAAUAUCACUAAUUCUGAUUUUUAUAAUUUUUCGUUUUAUUGCAAUUUUUAUUGUUGAUUUUCAUAUUAUUGGAAUACAAUUCCCAUUCAUGAAUUAUGUUAUAAAAUGUUAUUUAUUGUUAUUACUUAGCGUUACCGAAAACGAACAAGCCACUCAAAAAAACUUACAAAUAAAUCUCAAAUCAAUCGGUGGCCGCCUUCCACAGUGAAUGAAUUUAAACAUGAAUUUAUUUAGUUGUCCUUGUUUUCGUAAUGAAUGUUUUUUUUACUUGAAGCGGCUUCUCUCUACGUUUAGCAGUGGCCCCAGUAACGGACGCGAGAGUGUAAAAUAUUUAUUAUUGUACCUAAACUUUAUGUGAUAUAUUAAAGGCUAUAAGUUUGUGAGUAUUAUACUGUUUUUCUACUGCAGACACAGUGUAAGCACAAAUUGUAACGAACACUGUUCUAUUCGCUCCGACAUAAAAUUAGUUAUCUAAUAAUCUAAGCGAUUUGUGUGUAAAUCUGUGUACCUAUUUAAUCAUUCUGCAGGUUUGUGUGCGGUAAAAGAUGAUGUACUGAUCCCCUUAGACUUCCCUAAUAUCUGUCUCCAUUACAAUAUUUACUGUAGUAUAAAUGUACGACGGUGCGGACCCAUCCAGUGAGCUUAUAACUUAUGAAUGACAUUACAACAAUACGAGUGAAAAAUCACUUAGCGCGCUUUUAUUUUAUGAAAACGAUGUGUCAAAGAAUGGGACCUAAGUAGUUAUACGUAAACGCAAGAGGCUUGUAAUUUUACCUUUGUUUUUAAAGUUUAAACGCAUUCAUAUAGCAAUUAAAGAUGCGUCCGCGCCGUCGAGUGUGUCUGUGAAACAUGGAGUAGUUAACACAUGGAGUUAGUACUCGGCCUUAUAAAGCUACCUUCAUGGUCUAACCAAGUGGGAAUGUAUUACCGGUUCAAGCCUACCACCUCUGUCACUAUUUCAUUUAUUCACUACUCCGUGAUAAAAUUUGUGUGUCCGUAUUAGUGAAACAGUGUGCGGACUUAGGUCAUACAAUGAUAACAUUUUAAGUGAGAUUCGUUCAACCCAGUCGCAAAUGAAAAUAAAAUUAUACAUGAAUGAAUA